UAAUCAUUUUGUUUAUUAUUGAGUAAGCGGACGCUAGUCUACUAGUAUCUAGUAUCGUGGAUGACAUUGGAAAUAUUACAUUUGUUAGUUCUAUGAUGUGUAGUGUUGAGAUUUGUUUUUGUUUAGUGUCAGAACUGAGACUUUAGAAUAAAGUGCAAUUAAGGGCUCCCUCCUGUCAUAAAUAAACAAUUUGAGAAAGUGUUUAUCUAACAAUAACCAAACAUUACCCACAGAAAAUCAUGCCCUUCAAACGGGACUGGGACGCCACUUGUCCUAUAACCUGGUCUCAAUGGGAAGAGGAUGGAGUGAGCUGGAUCAUCCAGGACCUGCCGCCGCAGCACGACGCCCUGGCGGUGGACAUGCUGGUGGAGCAGUUCCUGCCUGAUGAGGUCAUGUGCAACACUACUGGAGUACACAAAGAGCCAGCGGGAGUGGCAGACGCGAGGUUAUACUGGAACGGGGCGUUGGGGAAAAGGACCAGUUUAGCGUGCUUCAGGGUGAUCGAUGGAGUGAAGGAGCUGGUCGCCGCUAAUGUGUGUCCUGUCAAGUGUCUGAAUGAUGAUGAUGAUAGCGGUGGUAUUGAGCAAUACAAAUCAACCUCAUUCCUAGAAGUAGUCAAAGGGCUGGACUACAUCGAGGAGAAGGCUCAAGCGCUGCAAGUACUAGGCGUUGAUAAGUACCUCGGCGGCGCGGGGCUGGUGGUGCGGCGGGAUGCGCGGGGGGCGAGGCUCGGGGGGAGACUGCUGCAGGCGAGAGAGCCCCUGUGUCGACACUUGGGCAUCGACGCGACGGUGACGACGUUCACGGUCCCACCUUCGCAGAAGUUAGCAACGAAAGUCGGCUUCAAACUUCUGACAGAAGUUUCUUUCUCCGAGUUAUCAGAAGCCGGACUCAAUUUCCCUAAAGAUUCUGACAUUGUCAUGAAGGUGAUGGCAAAAAUGUAUAAAUAAAGACAUUGUAUUACAGGAAAA